GAUAUAUUUGCCGUUAAAGAAGAGUAAGAACCCAGUGUCCUGUUGUCAUCGCGUCCGAGCUUGAUUGACAAAAUGUCGAUCAGCGAGAAGCAGGCGGAAGUCAGCGUCAACACUUCUAGCAUCAAGGGCUACCCCACUCCACCACGCAAUGCAGACGAUAAGCUACUCGCUGAACUUGGCUACAAAGCCGAGUUCAAACGCGAGUUCUCGGUCAGUCCCUCCUUAACAACCGCCCGUAUGGAAGCCAAAAUAAUUCUGGCCAGAUGAUCGAGACAAUUGCUUUUGCCUUCUCAAUUAUGGGUGUGGUGGCUUCUGUAACAUCGACAUUCUCAUUUCUAUUGGUCUCAGGUGUGUGCCUACUCUUCAAUGGCAACUACGAAUGAUGCCGAGGUCCGUAGGUGGUCACGUUGGAAUGGUCUGGGGAUGGCUGAUCCCCUGUUUCUUUGUCAUGACGGUGGCAUCUUCAAUGGCGGAGCUGGUAUCAUCAAUGCCGACUUCUGCUGGCCUCUAUUACUUUUCCGCUAAACUCGCACCUCCGAAAUACUCUGCAUUAGCGAGCUGGAUCACAGGAUGGGCCAAUAUCACGGGCCAAGUUACUCUCGUGUGUUCCAUUGACUUUACAUGUGCACAGAUGAUCGCUACCGCGAUUGCAGUGAGCUCUGAUGGAGCAACGAUAGUGAGCUCUGGUGCUACAUACGGCAUCUUACUUGCCAUUCUAUUCACCCAUGGCCUGGUGUGCUCUGCUGCUACGAACGUAUUGGCCCGCUUAAAUCUGUUUUAUGUGAUUGUCAACGUUGGUACCACUAUAGCCGCCAUCAUUGCUCUACUCGUCUGUUCUGGCGACAAUAAAGUAUCCACCAAAGAUGCCUUCACUAUGUUCGAGAACAACACAGGAUGGAGCAAUAAUGGAUGGGCUUUCCUUCUUGCUUUCACAGCUCCGAUGUGGACGCUCACGGGCUAUGACUCCGCUGCGCACAUCUCUGAAGAGGUAGCCGGUGCUCAGCGUACAGCACCCAUUGCAAUCCUCGUGGGUGUAUUCGGGACGCAAGUACUGGGCUGGCUUCUCUCCAUCGCGUGCUCCUUCGCAACGGCUUCAGUAUCCAACUUAUUGACAGGUGCCUUACCACUUCCCAUGGGUCAGCUCUUUCUGGAUGUACUUGGAAAAAGAGGGAUGCUGGCAAUAUGGAGUUUUAUCAUUGUCGUCCAGUUCGUGACGGGAGCUGCACAAGGAGUUGACGCAUCUCGUGUCGUCUUCGCUUUUGCGAGAGAUAAUGCUCUUCCUGGCUCUCGUUGGUGGAAGCGGAUCAACCGGCACACACAAACUCCUGUAAAUGCUGUCUGGUUGGUAAUGGCUAGUGCCGCCGUCUGUGGCUUGUUAGGCUUCUCCGCUGCUGCACUUUCAUCCCUUGCAGGAGCCUCCGUCAUCGGCUUGUACGUGUCUUAUGCAACACCUAUCUUCCUUCGUAUCACAUCGGGCCGUGAUAAGCUAGUCCCUGGCUCCUUCAGCCUGGGAAGGUGGUAUAUGCCUAUUGGGAUCAUAGCAGUUGCAUGGGUAACAUUCAUUGUUGUAUUAUUAUUCUUCCCCCCAUCACAAACAGCCACCCCAGCGGGGAUGAGUACGUAUAUCGACCGAUUCUGAAGGACUUGAUUCGGUUGCUGACAGGAUGGUACAGACUAUGCUGUUGUGAUUAUCAUGGGCGUUUUUGUCUUUGCAUCUAUCUCUUGGGUCGUUUCAGCGCACAAGUGGUUCCAUGGCCCGAUCAAGAAUAUUGAUGAUUCCAUAUCGUCUUUAGAGGGGAAAGAGCUUUGAAAGGUGACAUUUGGUCCAUUGUUGUCAAAGCGCAUCCGUAGAUGUUGGUGACGUAGGUGCAAUCGUUCUGCACCUACUCAGUCGAAAUAGAGAAGCAAUACCUGUGCAUAUAUCCUAUUUAAAUUUGACAAAUAUGUAUAGUGCAUCUAUUCUGUCUCAAAUCAAGAAUAUAAGGUUACUUACCGGCGUCCGGUGAACGGGC